UCGGACCGUAGAAUUGUUGGAACAGAAGAGAUAUUAGGCAUGAGGAUGUGGAGAGAGAGAUCAUUGAUAGUUUUGGUGUUUCUACUCCACCAAAUUGAUGGAGGAGAUGGUUGCUCCCCCUCUUCCUGUGGCAAAAUCACCAACAUAUCUUAUCCAUUCCGAUUGAAAGGAGACCCAAAAGUGUGCGGUCGGUAUGAGUUAUCUUGUGAAAACAAUAUAACGGUGUUAUCUCUGUUCUCUGGAACAUUUCGUGUGGAGGCUAUCAACUACAAUAAUUUCACAAUCCGAGUGGCGGAUCCUGGACUUCAACCCACAAACUGCUCCCUUCCUCGCUAUUUCUUGUCUCCCACCAAUUUCACUUAUUUUGACUACGCCUUGAGUCCCCCCUACCUUGGUUGGUACCGUGAUUGGCCUGAUGAUAGUGAUAAGCUUUUGUACGAGUAUAUAGUGUUUUUGGAUUGUAGUGAUGGAGUGAGUGGGAACAGUAAGUAUGUGGAUACUGGUGGAUGCGUGAAUUGGGAGUCCAAGGGUUACAUGUACGCUUUUGCUGGUGACCUAUCAGCAGAGGACUUAGAAGUUGGUUGUGAAGUAAAGCUGGUUGCUCCCACAUCUUGGUGGGGUUUGGACACAAAUAAUUAUUCCUAUGCCAUCAUACACAAAGCGCUACUUUAUGGAUUUCAGCUUUCAUGGAUUCGUCUCGCCUGUCAUGAUCGUUGUGCAUAUUAUUUCGACUGCCAUUUCCAUUCUUCCAGCCUCACGCUUCAAUGCCGGAAUCAAGCGUGGUGGGUUCGGCCGGUGGAACUUUUAAUAGACACUAUUUUUGCUAUCAGGAAUGGAUUGCUUACAAUACAAAACCAAAAUGUUCAAACUUAUUUUGAUAGAAGUGAAUAUGGAUAUACAUAUGGAUAUUCAUUUGCGUUGGGACAUUAUGUUAUACCAUACUUCAUAGUUAGAUAUGUUGUUGGCACGAUAUUGUUUAUUGUUUUUUUGGUAUACAAGUGGAGAAGAAGACAUUCCUCAGCAUAUGAAAAUAUUGAAAAUUAUUUACAGCAAAAUAGUUUGAUGCCUAUUCGAUACUCAUACAAGGAGAUUAAAAAGAUGACCAGAGGUUUCAAUGAAAAAUUGGGUGAAGGAGGUUAUGGUUUUGUAUUCAAGGGGAAGUUGCGUAGUGGACCAUGUGUUGCUAUAAAAGUGUUACGAAAAUCAAAAGGUAAAGGAGAAGAUUUUAUCAACGAAGUUGCAACAAUUGGAAGAAUACAUCACCAAAAUGUAGUGCAUUUAAUUGGAUAUUGUGCUGAGGGCUCAAAACGUGCCCUUGUUUAUGAGUUCAUGUCUAAUGGAUCUCUUGACAAGUUUAUAUUUUCUAAAGAAGGAAAUCUACAUUUAACCUAUGACACAAUACAUGAUAUAGCAAUUGGAGUAGCACGUGGAAUUUCAUAUCUACAUCAUGGAUGUGAGAUGCAAAUUUUGCAUUUUGACAUUAAACCCCACAACAUCCUCCUUGAUGAAAAAUUCACCCCAAAGAUAUCUGAUUUUGGAUUGGCAAAACUAUAUUCAACAGAUAAAAGUGUUGUGACUAUGACAGCAACAAGAGGAACAAUUGGGUACAUGGCUCCAGAGUUGUUUUAUAAAAAUGUUGGAAGAAUAUCACAUAAGUCUGAUGUUUAUAGUUUUGGAAUGUUUUUGAUGGAAAUAGCAAACAAGAGGAAAAACCUAAACCUCCAUGCAGAGCAUUCAAGCCAACUUUACUUUCCCUUGUGGAUUUAUGAUCAACUUGGCAAAGGAAAAAAUAUAGAAAUGGAAGAUGUCACCGAGAAUGAGAACAAAAUUGUAAAAAAGAUGAUCAUAGUUUCACUUUGGUGUAUACAAUUGAAACCAAAUGAUCGCCCUUCCAUAAAUAAAGUAGUGGAAAUGCUUGAAGGAGACAUUGCAAACCUAAAAUUACCUCCAAAGCCUUCUCUGUAUCCACAUGACACAUCGGAAGAUGGUGAAAGAAUAUUCUCUAACCAAACAACAUUGUCCCACUUUGUUGGUUCUUCAAGUUUAUCCAGUGAAGAAAAGAUUGCCUCUAAUGUUACCUUAGACGAAAGUAUUUGAUAGUGUAAAUUAUUUAUUUACAUCCAACUAUUUGACUUUGAACAUUUUUCCUUUGUAAUAUUUUGUGACUUAUUUCUUAUUGUUUUAUACUUCAUAUUUUAAAUAUUAUGAUUUACCAAAUUUAAA